CUCAAAGCGAUCCAAGGUUCCAUUAUAUCAGGGGAUUUUGUAAAUUAAGUUUUGCGGCCACUUUAUUGUAUCAUUUUUAAGAUUGUGUGCACAACUUAUUGUUGGUGUGAACGGUGCUCGUUACGGCACUGUUAAAAGAUAAGAAUUUUAAUCAUCAGACAACCAGAUUCUAUAAAGGAGAGAACUUGUUUGGCUGUUCAAAGUUCUGCGAGAAUCUAUUUUGUGAAUACAAAAAUCGAUAUGAGGUUUGUUCAGUUUACUUGUAAAAGUGGUGGACCCCAGCACCUGGGCGUGCAACUCGAACAAGGUGGAGGAAUUGUUGCACUUUCGAAGAUUGACUCAAGUGUACCUAAUAAUCUGAAAGAAUUUCUAGAGGGUGGUGAUGAUCUUCUUAAUAAAGCUAAAAGGAUAGUGUCCGAGGCAGAAAAUGUAACACCGGAAGCAGAAGUAAAGUUUUUAGCUCCUGUGACAGGUAUGGAUAAGCUAGCCUGUAUUGGUUUAAAUUACGCUGACCAUGCUAAAGAAACAGGUGAAGCACUACCAGAAAGACCUAUGGUUUUUAGCAAGUUUCCUAGCAUUAUUAUCGGACCUACUGAUAACAUAGAGCUACCCACGAUAUCUGAUGAAGUUGACUGGGAAGUGGAACUCGUUAUCGUAAUAGGGAAAAAAGGCAAACACAUAAAUAAACAAAAUGCAGAGGACUAUAUCUUCGGUUAUACAGUAGCACAAGAUGUAUCAGCACGUGAUUGGCAGAAAAGACUCAAUGGAGGGCAGUUCCUAAUUGGGAAGUCUAUGGAUACUUUUUGUCCAUUAGGACCUGCAGUAAUUACAAAAGAUGCCAUUUCCGAUGUUAAUAAUCUUAGAGUCAAGACUUGGGUGAAUGGAAAAAUCAAACAAGAUAGCAAUACCAGAGAACUAAUCUUCAAACCUCCUGAUAUAGUCGCUCAUUUAUCACAGUUCGUGACUCUGCUACCUGGAGACAUAAUCCUAACAGGCACACCUGGUGGUGUUGGUGUCUCUCGUAAUCCACCAGAAUACUUAAAGAAAGGAGAUAUCGUUGAAACGGAAAUUGAAGGUUUGGGCAGGCUACAAAAUAAGUGCGUCUGACAGAUUCAAAGGUCUUAGAAUGUUUUAUACACAUGAUAUAUAUUUUAAAAUUAUAUAUGUACAUAAACUUUCCUUUACACGAGACAUCAUCUUUUUAUGGCGGAAAAAUGAUUUUUAAAGAUUUAAGAAAUUGUGUACACUUCCGAAAAGAUCACUGAACGUUAUUGAUUUGAUGCUUGGCCUAGGUGUUCCUGUUGCAUGUCAGUUGAAAGUACUGAAAGUAUUUUUGACGUGGAUUAAUAGAAAUUAGGUUAUUAACAGUUUUACUUUUUUUUAAUGCGAAAGAGUAGAAUAUAAGUAGUAGUUAAGUUAGACUAAGGAUGGAAUUGUGAAUAUAUGUACAGGGAGCGGAGGCUCUCAAAC